AGACCUAUUUUUACCACCUUCAAGGGACCAUUGGUCUAGUUCACUUAUCUCUCUUAUAAUUCUUCAUCUUCUAGUACUCUGCAUUAGUACUUUCUUCAGAAAUAAGUACAAUUAGAUGGGGAAUUGCCAGACUGUGGAUGCUGCAGCAUUAGUUAUACAACAUCCUAAUGGAAAACAAGAGAGGAUGUAUUGGCCAGUGACGGCUAGUGAGGUGAUGAAAAUGAAUCCAGGACACUAUGUUUCACUGAUAAUUCCAUUGCCGAUCGCCGGAGAAGAGAAUUCUCAUGAAAAAACUGUUCGAUAUACCAGUGUUAAGCUUCUCCGGCCAAGUGAUACAUUAGUUCUUGGCCGGGCUUAUCGGCUUGUCACCACGCAAGAGGUUAUGAAAGUGCUGAGAGCAAAGAAAUAUGAAAAGAUGAAGAAAAACUUGCCAGAAUCAGCUGCCAAUUUGAAGAUGAAUUUGCUAAAGCAGAGUUCUGGUUGCGACUCCGAAGCUGGAAAAUCUGCACAGAGGAAGAAUGAUCAGGGCAUGGGACAUGACAGACAACGGAAAAGGUCAGGCAUGAAUGUCUCAGCUGCAAAGUCCAAAUCAUGGCAGCCAUCCCUCAUAAGCAUUUCUGAGUCGGGAAGUAGUAUUGGAUAAGACUGAACAGUAUAAUUGACAAGUUUGUCAACUUAUUUUUCUUUCUUGAUAUUGUUGUGUCCACUUCCCUACUAAACGUGCCACAAGUGAAAUCCUCGGAAAAAGAUGCUUUUGUGGGCAAGAAUGUUACUUCUUGUACAUGUAAACGAAAAGACUAUCAAAGUAGAAACUAUGAAUAAUACAGUCAAAAAUUGCAAUAUGUUAACACA